AUGACAGAUGUUCCCCUGGAUACAGAAAAGCCUCUAAUGGAGGAUUCCAUGUCUGCUGUUAUAACUGCAUCCCGUGUUCUGAGGGAGAAAUGUCCAAUGUUACAGGUAGGGAUGUGUUAUAUACAGGAAGAGUCGCCAUAUGAUAACAGUGACAGCUGCCAUAGAUGUCCUGAUGAGGAGUGGCCGGAUGAGAGAAAAGUGAGAUGUGUCCCCAAAACAUACGACUUUCUGUCAUAUGAAAAGGACAAUGUGGCACUAAUUUCCCCAGUAACCGCUUCAUCUUUCUCUGCCGUAACAUUAUUUAUAUUAGGGAACUUUAUUUAUUACUGGAACACUCCAAUUGUGAAAGCCAACAACCGGGCUGUAAGCUUCAUUCUCCUGGUCUCAAUCUUGCUGAGCUUUCUCUGUGUAUUCUUGUUCCUCGGCAAGCCGGUGGAUGUAACCUGCAGGCUGAGACAGAUGUCAUUUGGGAUCUUCUUCUCCACAGCUGUCUCUUCUGUACUGGCCAAGACUGUCACUGUCUGCAUUGCUUUCAAAGCCACCAAACCUGGUAGUCCCUGGAAGAAGUGGGUAACACUCAAAGUGUCUAAUUAUGUGGUCAUUGUGUGCUCCUCUGUCCAAGCUCUAAUCUGUGCUAUGUGGCUGUCAGUUUCUCCUCCAUACCAUGAGUAUGACCAUAACUCCUAUCAGGGAAUGAUCAUCAUUCAGUGUAAUGAGGGGUCAGUGAUUUGGUUCUACUCUGUGUUGGGCUACAUGGGGAUCCUGGCAGCUGUGAGCUUUGUUCUGGCUUUCAUGGUGAGGACAUUACCGGACAGCUUUAAUGAGGCCAAGUACAUCACCUUCAGCAUGCUGGUGUUCUGCAGUGUCUGGAUUGCAAUGAUCCCAGCCUAUCUGAGCACCAAAGGGAAAGACGCGGUGGCUGUAGAGAAAUUCGCCAUCCUGACCUCAUGUGCUGGAGUUCUGGGCUGUAUAUUUUUCCCAAAACUCUACAUUCUGCUUUUCAGAACUGAUUUGAUCUCCAGAAAAAUGAUGCUGGGAAAGAACUAA